AUGUCUCAGCAAUUCUUCGACGUGCGAGAGCAUGUGUUCAAUGGCCAACACAUCCGCGAGUAUCCCCAAGCCACAGCCCACAACCAGGAAGAAGUGCUGCAGCUCGUGGCGAAACAGUACAUCCCAAAGAGCAACCGGCAGCCGCAGCCAGGCGACGUCACGAUUAUUGGGGCGCACGCAAACGGCUUUCCGAAGGAGCUCUACGAGGCUCUCUGGGACGACCUCUUGGCCGAGACAGAAAAGCACGGCUUCCGGAUCCGCAGCAUAUGGAUUGCCGAUGUGGCCUGGGAAGGUCAAAGUAGCCAUCGCAACGAGGCUAUUCUCGGGAACGACCCCUCCUGGUAUGAUCACGCGCGUGACCUGCUGCAGAUGGUGAACACAUUCCGGGCCGAGAUGCCACGGCCGCUGGUGGGCAUUGGCCACUCAUUUGGCGGCACGAUCGUGACGUACUUGUCGCUGAUGCACCCGCGGUUGCUGUCAUCGCUGGUGCUGCUGGACCCGGUGCUGCAUUUCUACCCGACGACACCGGUGUCGGGCUUCAAUCCACUGGCGCUGUCGGCGGUGCGGCGGGAUCAAUGGCCGUCGCGCGAGGCAGCCGCAGCGGCCUUCCGGCAGUCCAAGUUCUAUGCGGCAUGGGAUCAACGCGUGCUAGACGCCUGGCUGGCGUAUGGGUUGCGCGAGCUGCCGACAACGCCAGCAACGGGUGAGGCCCGGCCGGUGACACUGGCCACAACCAAACACCAGGAGGUCUUUACGUUUCUGCGGCCGCUGAUGCAGGGAAUCGACGGGACGACCGGACGGCGGGUUUUCCGACGCGACCGGCUGCCGGACGUGAGCGAUAAGAGCCUAGAGCGGCUUGGGGCGACGAACCGGCUGUUCCGACCCGAGGUGCCCAAUACGACCGAGCAGCUCGGCCAUUUGCGACCGGGCGUGUGCUACGUAUUUGGCGGCAUCAGCCCGAUGUCGACGCCGGACGUCCGGCGUGAGAAGAUGGAGCUCACGGGCGUGCAGGUGGGCGGCAGCGGCGGCGUGGCUGCUGGGCGCGUGCGCCAGGUGGUGCUGCCGACAACCGGCCACCUGGUGGCGAUGGAACAGCCGACGGCGUGCGCGCGGGCGGCGGCCGAGACGAUCGCGGCGGAACUGGUGUUGUGGCGUGAGGAGGAGGCGGACCUGGCUCUCUGGUGGCGGCGCAAAGACGCAGACAAGCAGGUUUUGGACGACGAGUGGCGCAGUUUCAUUGAGCCGAUACCGACGAGGGACAAGGGGAAGUUGUAG